AUGUCAGGAAUAGCCGCCAUGAUGAUGAAGAUGUUCGCAGCACUGGUUCCAGGGAGCGCAGUUGCAGACCGUCCCUUGCGCACUACCAAGCUCAAUACGAUUCUACGCCGCUUCUGCUCUUACCACCGCAGAAAGAAGAGAAGUGCUCAGGAAGCAGUAGCCACAAUGGCCAAGGAGACCUUCCUCUUCACAUCUGAGUCGGUUAACGAAGGCCAUCCAGACAAGCUGUGUGAUCAAGUGUCCGAUGCAGUGCUGGAUGCAUGCCUGGCACAGGACCCGGACAGCAGGGUGGCCUGUGAAACCUGCACCAAGACUGACAUGGUUAUGGUCUUUGGUGAGAUAACUACCAAGGCCAAGGUCGACUAUGAGAAGAUUGUUCGAGAUACAGUGCAGGAGAUCGGCUUUACUUCCUCUGAAGUUGGGCUUGAUGGUGCUCAUUGUAAGGUCCUUAUGAACAUAGAAGAGCAGAGCCCUGACAUUGCGCAAGGUGUGAAUGCGAAGAGACCAGAAGACAUCGGGGCCGGAGACCAGGGCCACAUGUUCGGUUAUGCCACAGACGAGACUCAAGAGCUGAUGCCACUCACGCACGUGCUUGCCACCAAGCUGGGAGCCAAGUUGACGGAGGUUAGAAAGAACGGCGUCUGUAAAUGGUUAAGACCGGACGGGAAAACGCAGGUCACGGUUGAGUACAAGAUUGAAAACGGGGCGACUGUUCCUCUGCGUGUUCACACCGUUCUCAUCUCCACUCAGCACGAUGAGACAGUCACCAACGACCAGAUCGCGGCUGAACUUCAAGAGCACGUAAUCAAGCCCGUGAUUCCUGCUAAGUACCUGGACGAUCGGACUAUCUUCCACCUCAACCCUUCUGGCCGUUUUGUCAUUGGAGGGCCCCACGGGGAUGCUGGCUUGACCGGCCGGAAGAUCAUCAUCGAUACCUACGGAGGCUGGGGGGCGCACGGGGGCGGUGCCUUCUCCGGAAAGGAUCCCACAAAGGUUGAUAGGUCCGGUGCAUAUAUCGUCCGACAGGCGGCCAAGAGCAUCGUUGCUUCCGGUCUGGCUCGAAGGGCUCUCGUUCAGGUUUCGUAUGCCAUCGGCGUUCCCGAGCCUCUGUCGGUCUUCGUCGACACAUACGGCACUGGAAAUUACCCCGACUCCAAAAUCCUUGAAGCAGUCAAGCAAAGCUUUGACUUUAGGCCUGGCAUGAUUGCCAUCAAUCUCGACCUGAAGCGGGGUGGCAACAGGCGUUAUCAAAAGACCGCAGCGUACGGGCACUUUGGGCGCGAGGACCCGGACUUUACUUGGGAGAUUGUGAAGGCUCUGAAAGUACAGUAAAAUUUCCAGCGUUGCUAUGCACCUUGGUCGCGCCAGAGUGUUUUGAGCUUUAAAUUCUCUGGAUUCACCAAUUAAUAGGUCUAUGCUUAGCUUACAGCUUGCAGGGACUUGACUCACGUACUAGCAAUCAUCCAUUUGUUUCUGAUCUAAGCGUGGACUCAAAUACCGUUCGUACCGUGUUCACCGGGAGAUGAAGCAUACACACAUACAUACAUACUUCUUUUAUAAGGCCGUAGCGGUUAAGCCAUGGACCUGGAACGCUGAACAAUUUGUUCGAUGAGUUCGGGCGUUUAUUUCGACGAGCUAGCUACCUACUCCAUAUCAUCUCCUACUGCUGCACGCGGCUACA